AAGAGCCAAGUUUUAUCGACAGCCAAGUCGCAGGUUAGCGUUGCAAGAUAAUCGGUUGUGAAUGUUUACGCCUAGAGAUACGUGAGUGAUGACGAUGGCCUGCGUACAGUUGCAAGUGCCUUGUCGAAAAAGUUCACUGAAGCGUCGUCGUUUGGAUAUGCUCAUAUAAGGGCCGCGCCCCCAAGCGAAAAAUAACAUAACAACGCCUCCCUGGGUAUUCAAUAGUAGCUGGUAGGAGCUCACAGGAGGCCUAAUGCGGAGAAGGGAUGUGCGAAGCUAAGGUCGGAUGGUUGACAGCUAGUCGAUGCUGUGGGCUAUCCUAGUGUUCGAAGUGAUCUCUCAACCGAACAGGUUGUGUUUGAAAAACUCGAUCGAGCUGGAGUGAGCAACAAACACGCUGAACUCUAUUCGAUCACGACCUGCUAUGCAUCAACGCUACAGUCUGCUGCGAGUAGCAGCACUAGCCGUCACAAAGCAAAGUCAUCUUGGCUAAUUAGUAUCGGGCUGACCGAUCUGAUGCCACACAGGAACAGUGUAAGGUAUCUCGGUCUCCGAGCCAAGUUCAUCAUAUCUCUGUCAUCCUUAAUGCAACAUAAACAAGACUGCUUCGCGAGUAGAAAACGUCAACGAUAACCGUAUGAAAACAGUCUUUUGGGAACAACGAUCACAUCAACCGCUGUUGGCGCAGCAGCGACAACAAUUCCAGUUGGGCACCUGCAACCGGUGAGGCAAGGCCAAACCCAGUGGCAACGAGGUGCUCGAAUAACCCUCGUAGUCUGCUUUUUUUUCGAUCAAUCGCAGUCGAAACCGUGCGUACGAUAUAGCGAAUACUGGGACAACCUGUUGAGAACGACAGCUCGACUUGGCCGAGCUGGCAACCGUCCUUGAACCGCGUCAUCGGCCAUAGGGACGGCUCGGAGCUGUGUGCGACUCCGAAAAACCGAUAGCAACGCAUUAAGUCCGAUUUCUGCCGAGGCCUCAAGCGUUACGAACACCGCCUUGAGAGUCAUUGGCAGAUGUAAAUCUGCAAAGUAAGCCUGCCGAGUGAUAGUUUGUGAUCUCGACCUCAUCGUAUAUCGAUCGUUGUUAACCGACAGACAGCAAGUGGUAAUCAGUCAUUAUUCAAUCAGUUAUCCACGUGCGCCCAUAAACUAAACUGACCUGGUCCUUCCAGCACUACGACGGUGACUGUAUCAAACAAGCAAUUUUCUAGCCAGUCAGCCAUCUACCAAUCUCGCUGCCAUCUCGAAGCAGGGCUCUUCGCUUUGUGUAUUGACGAAUAUUAUUACAGUAAUAAUAUUAUUAUUAAUACAAACAUUAGGUUUUUAGUGACGCAGCAGUCGCAAAAGGAAGUAAACUUGUGGACGAACGAAAAACCAAACGUAGCGGAUCCGAAGAUCAAAGCGACUUAGCAGCAGCUUGGCGUCGGGAAUUCUCCCAAGCCCAAGGACUGUGUUAGCGGUUUCGACCGUGAUUAUCUGUGAUAAAACUCGGCGCCAGCAAGCAAUUAGCCUGCUCAUAUCGCUUUCUUCCGAUCUCAAUUGCACCAACAGUAGCAGGAGCUAUAACAGUGACAAAACAGUAUCAGCACGAGCAGCAUAAGAAACAGCAACAGAUCGCAACGAUAGCUACCUCCACCAGCGAAACCAACACCAGUUAUACAUUCUGUGUGAGCGCUGCGACAUUUGCUAUUCGUCAGUUAACAAAAGACAAAAAGAACCCAUUCGCCAUCUCUCAAAACGGUACGGUGUACUACGAGCACCGUUGACAAAGUUCCGCUACUAGUGCUACCUACAAACUGUAACACAACUAUUUAAUCUCCAAAAAGUACCUAAGCAGAACAGACGAGAGCGCAUUCUCAUUGAGCUCAUAAUCUUCUCUUCAACCAUCCUUGGGAGCUACAACGAGCAAGACAAGAAAAAACAAGCCAUCCAGUUGACAACGGACACAAUAACGUACACUUCACUCAGCUAUAGUCAGUCAGUUAUAAACUGUCAUCAGUCAUAUAUACGCAUAUAAAUUAAGAAACAAGUAUCUAAACUGUUGCACAAAGAAAAAGGCAAAAGUAGCAACAGCAACAACAAUAACAACGACUAAAUAGACGACUACCUCACCUGCUGCUACAUCAGCAAAAGCGGCGGCGGCGGCGGCAGCAGCAGCAACAGGAGUAACUGCAGCAGCUCACGAGGUGUGCCUAUGUAUGCGCGAAUAGCCAUUAGUGAUAACAGCUGUCUUCUUUCUUAUUAUUACCAUAUAAUCUUCAUCUUCCUGUUAUUAAUAGAAACAUCGUCGUUGUCGUGCGCCUCUACCGGCAAUUCGUCGUGUUGAUUGACCGGAUUUGAUCUCGCUUGCCAUGACGGGGGCCCAGGCCGCCGUGGUAACCGCUCCGCCCAGCCUGCAGGGAUCGCAGGGAUCGAACAACAAUAACGCAAACACCCAUAACAGCAACCUUAGCAGCAGCAGUAACAAUAACAACAACCUCAGCGUGCAUAACAUAAAUGACAGUAGCAAUAGCAACCAUACCUCGAACAUGACCAACAGUGGCAACAAUAACAACAGCAACAAUAUGACGAAUUCAAAUGCGGGUGGCGGACAGGGGGGCCACGGUCAUCAUCACUCACACGGCAACCAUGGUAACAACCCUAAUACUGGUGGUAACACUGGCCAUGGGUCCAAUCCGAACAGUGGCAACAACAAUCCCAGCAAUAGCAAUAAUCACCAUCAGCAGCAUCAUCAUCAUCAUCAUCAUCACCAUGGAAAUAUGGGCGUUGCCGCGAGUAUCGCAAGCAGCCUGUCCAACAACAAUAACAACAACAAUAGUUCUACCGGAUCGUCCACCACAACAAUGCCUACAAUAAGUGCGAUAAGCGGAGGCGGACCCGGGGGUGCCGUUGGAGGCUCGCUCGUCCGCAUUCUCAGCGCUCCAAAACUGGGAAUCGUCACACCCAAGCUGGGACUCUUGGGUGGCGGCGAGACCUCGACAUCGACGUCGCAGUCAUCAGGUUGGGGCGCCCCCGGCCCAUCGACAUCUUCUGGCGGUGCAGGUUCAGGGUGGGGCCAACCAGGCGGCGGUGGAUCAGGUACAGGAGCCCCAUGGGGAGCUGGUGGUGAAGAAAAGCAGUCCGCUGGCGCAGCGUCAUGGGCGGCCACAGCGGGCGCCCAUGGGGGCGGUGAUAAAGGUGGUCAAGGUUUGCGUGGUGGCUCCAUUCCUGGUUGCCCUCCAGAUCAAGAAGAUCUCCGAAGAGUGGCCGCUUUCGCAUCCGGAUGGGGCCAAGUUCCUAUCAAUCAGGAUACAGCAUGGGACGCACCAGCCUCGCCAAAAGAGACGGCCCCUCCGGUGCCUCCCCUCAUUCAGUCCGUUACUUCUGCUAGUCUCCAACAACAACCACCGUCUAGAGCCAUACCUGGCUCCCCAAUGUGGGGAGGGCCAACUCCUACAGAGCUAAGCCAGACACGCCCUGCACCUGAUGCACGCAGCAUGUCUGUAAACCACAAACACAACCAAGAACAUGCGAAGGGAACAGACAUUUGGGAAUGCAGCAUUCGUCAGAAAGGCUCGAAGGCACCCGGUGGAGGUGCCUCGGGAGUGUCAGGAAGCACAGGCGCAGCUGGAGGAGCUGGUCUGGGAGGCAUGGCGGGGACGGGAGCAAGUGGCCAGCAGGGCCCUCACCAGGGUCCUCAUUCUCAGGGAGGGUGGCAGCAACAACAACAGCAGCAACAGCAGCAGCAACCUCCUCAACAUACAACAGCUGCUUCACACAUAGGAGGAACAUGGGGUGAAGAAGAAGUGGAAAAUCCAAAUUCAAUGUGGACCGGCGUUCCUCCUCCAUCCGUUGCACCGCCUGGUAUGGGCGGGCCCGUCGGUGGCGGUGGUUUUGAUACUGUGACCUCACCUGUGACCUCGCAGUGGCCUCCGCAGGGUCCUCCACCUGACAAACAAUGGGGCGGUCCUGGAGGUCAGGGCGGCCCAGGUGGACAUGGCGGCCAUGGCGGAGCUAGCCCCCAUCAACAGGGCCCACCUCCGCCACACUCACAGCCAUGGACGCAGCCUGGAGGAAUGCCUCCGCAACAUGAUGCAACCGCUUCAUGGAGCGGACUGAAACAGGCUUUGGCACAUGCCAGCGGCGCACCUGCUGGCCCUGGGGGACAAGGCGUCAGUUGGGUUCAGCUUAAAAAGGAAUGGGAGCCUAAUAGUCAGAGCCCGGGUGGUCCGAACGACACCUCGCAGAUGCCCCCGCCACCCGGCGUCUCCUACGAUGAUCGCAUGCGUAUGGGAACGGCGGGAUGGGGAAGCCCGGCGAUGCCGGACAAGGUGUCUCACUGGAAGGAUAUGCCGACGCCUGCCGUCCCUAGGCUCGUUCCGCUGCAGUGGGGCGGUGCCGCUGCAGGCGCAGGUGAUAAAAUUCCAUGGUGGGAGGAAGAGUGGGGAGCAAAACCAAAGACGUCUUCUGGCGGCCCGCCGGACUGGUCCGACGGCCAGAUCGACACAAGUACCUGGGGAGGACCCGCCAAACAGGGAGGUAAACCUCUUACCAAAGAGCUCAUUUCAGCUUCACAGCACUUCCGUGUGCUCACUUCAAUGGGGUACCAUAAGGACGAGGUCGAGAACCUACUGCGUGCCAACAAUAUGGAUAUGGAUCGUACACUGCAAGCUUUGCGUGUCACACGGUUUGCACAGACGGGCAAACCGAAGCCAGGCAUGCCGGGCGGCGGCAACCCUCAAAGCCACAAUUUCUCGGUAUCACAAUGGGAGCCACGCGGGCCGCCGCCGCCGCCGCCCCUUAGCAAGCAGCAGUCACAGCAAGGUCCUCCACAGCAGCCACCACAACCGGGACCGCCGCAAGCGCCAAUGCGCAGUCCUAUGCAGCAUCCGCUGCAUCCUGGAGGACCUGGUCAUCCUAAUCACCAAGGCCAUGGCGGACAUGAAGGUCCUGUCGCUCCGGGCGCCGGAGCAUCUCAGCCUUCAGGCCCUGGCGGUCCGGGAGGCGCUGCUUCCGGGCCCAAUUCAUUCGGCCCGGGUCCCGCACCUUCGCAAGAGGCUUUGCGCACACUUGUGGCGCGCAUUCAAACAGCCAUUCAGGCGGGUUAUCUUAAUCCGCAAAUCCUAAACCAGCCAUUAGCGCCACCCACUCUCCAAUUGCUCUAUCAGCUUUUGAGCCAUAUUCGUAUAAUCGACAUACUCGAAAUGAAGCCGGAGCACCUUAUCCACAAUCCAAUGAAGCACAAUGUUCAAAUAAUGCAUAUCAAGCAAACUAUCUGCAGUCUGCAAAAUCAGAUCCUCGCCGCACAGGCGAUGUUCCUGAAACAGCAGCCCCCACCCCCAACGGGAACCGAGUCGAGAUUGAACCAGUGGAAGCUGCCAUCGCCGACCGGCAGCGCCCAGGGUGGCGAACGCGAGAGUACACCUGGUCAGCUGAACGUCGCUGGACAAAGCGCCGGUGUCGGCGUGGCACAGGCCAGCAACGGCGGUUCGAAAUGGGACCACGCGGGCACGGCUGCCUCUGGAAGUGGCAAUGGACAAAGUAACGGACAAGAGUCGACCGGUGGGGGGGGACAAUCUCAAUCGCAACCGACGACUGACUCGGGGGCCAGCGGUAUGCAAUCAAGUAUGAACAACAAUUACAACGUCUUCGAUAUUGUGGCUGAGUUCGAACCAGGAAAACCGUGGAAAGGAAGUUGGAAUAUGAAAAGUGCUGAAGACGAUCCACACAUGACGCCAGGUUCUGUUACACGGAACCCACUUGUAGCACCUGGAGGUCUCAAGGACAACAAUGAGGCUCUGUUCAAUCAAUGCGACUGGCAGAAUCCUUCCACGAGCUCCGACAGCUCUUCGAGCACGUGGUCUGCGUUCGGUUCAAGCGGAAGUAGUGGUGUUGGCACAACAGGCGGCCAGGGAGCAAACAGCUCAAAGAAAUGGUACGAACGUAUGUGGCAUAACACCCCAAUCGUUAACCCGAAUAGUCCGAGUAGCGGGGGACCAGGAUCUACCGGGAUCUCGUCGUCUAUGCAUCCUUCCGGGGGACAAGCCGGUACUAACCAGACGUCUGGGAAGAACUUCCUCGUUCUGAAGAAUCUCACAGCGCAGAUCGAUGGGUCUACGCUCAAAACGCUUUGCAUGCAACACGGGCCUCUUCAGCUGUUCCAUCUUUUCCUCAGUCAUGGCCUCGCUCUGAUUCAGUAUCAAACCCGUGAAGAGGCUCUUAAAGCGGAGGCAGCCCUUCAUCAUUGCGUACUAUCCAAUACUACAAUUAUUGCUUACGUACCAACGGAAGCUGAAGUGCAUCGACUACUCAAUAUGCCUAACUACAAAAAAGAUCGCUACAAUCAGCCAACAACUGGAGUCCAAGGCGCUGCUGGCCAACAACAGCAGCAGCCAUCUCCCGCCCAGCAGCGCCCACCCACAAGCAGUGCCGCGCCCUGUGGUUGGCCUUCGUUCGAUAUGGGUGGCAUGGGUGCCAUGGGUAGUAUGGGUGGUGGUGCUGCACUUUGGGGCCCCCCUGAAGGCGUAGGGGCCUCAGAUAAUACCCCGCUUAACUCAUUCCUGCCCGGUGAUCUGCUUUCGGGCGAGUCCAUAUAAAUGUUGAGCCGCAGUGGAAAUCAUGAUAUUGGCGCCCUUGGACACGGCACACCCACUUCUGAAGCAGACACGGCCACCUGGGGGCCAAGAUGUGGAUAUAUCUAAGUAUAUUAAUAAUUCUAUAAUUACUACUAUCAUACGAAUAAUGUCGAUGAUAACAUAACGGGUGCAUCGGUACCCCAGUGUUCUCACCUUCAUAACAAACAUAACAAAAAUUAAAAAAAAAAAUAGCAAACGUCCUUUGUGCCAGGUAAGCGGCCAAGGCCAACUGACGUUGUCCAGUGUCUUUUUAUCAUCCAGUGAGAGAAAUCUUCAAAAAAUGGAAAGAUCCAGACAUGAAGUAAGUCAGCAAGGUGAAGUGGUGACGAUUAUCAUGACGGUGACCAUAAUAAAUAUUAACCAGAUAAAUGCCUACUUAUGUUACAACUAGCAUCGAUGUCGAUUAUAGCCAGUAUAGUGGUCCGAUACGCCGCCAGGCUAACUGAGCCUCGCCGUAGUGUAAGUCUCCUAGCAAAUUCGAUAAAAGAUGCCGAACAAUCUGGCGUCACUAGAAUCGAUGGUCAUACCACCAGGUGAACAAACGCCUAGAACGAAUAAAGUAUGAUUCGUUCGAUUAAUACAUCAAUGUGAAAAAGCUAUCUGUUCGAUGAUUUGCGACAACCUGUGAAUUGAGAAGACAAUUUGGGACAUGUCAAUCGUGGGAUAUCUCACAUAGAAUAUAGGCGAAACAACUAUAUUUGCCGAAAGCAAGUAGCCGGCAGCUGCCAGGUAUCAAUUGCAACCAAGUGAAAUGAAAGCUAAAAUGCAGGUGAAAGUGAGUGGGUGACCUGCGAUGUUGCUAAGAGUGAAAGAACCGUAAAGCAAACGGUUAGUCAACCGCAAUCUAUGUAUUUAACUAACAAUCAUUAAUCAAGACUCAAGAGUGACAUCAAUCAAGUAAUCUGUAAAGAAACACAAGGUAUUCUUAUUGCGGUCAGUGAUUGCGACUGAUCAUUUUACAAGAGACAAUUGUGACUGAUUGAUCUACAGGCCACUCAACAUCAAGGAAAUUAUGAAAAUAGAAGGAACCAAUCGCCUGUUAUCCGAAUUCCCUCCCUGUGAAUUGCGCCCCAUUGUGCAUCGAUUUGCUGCUCUACGUAUCGGAGUGAGAAGACGCAUUAACUACUACCGUUAUCACUACUACCGAUAUUAUGGCUGAUUAAUUAGUUAUUUGGUGUACAGUACUGAAACGGGCGCACUGCUCAUCAACGUGUAAAACAGAAUACUAGCGAGAACAGCCAUACUUCGUUGCCUUUACCAUUAUCUCGCGCCUAUUACCUUAGUCUGACAAAGGCAACAUAUAUUUGCCAGCCGUAUUGUAUUGUAUUCGGCAAGACCAAGCGGAAAACGGUCCAGCCGGGGCUCGUUUCGUCUGCAAUUUCGCCUACACAAGUGAACCAAAAGAACGACGUAAUUUCGUCGCUAACGUUCUCCUCUUCAUUCGGCUGUUUACAGUACGAGCGAAUAACGGAGACAAUUGAAUAUACCUUCUAUAUUUGAGUAUCCAAAACACAGUGCUAAUGUUAAUGAAUACUAAGAUGAUACGCACGCAUACUGUAGUGUUCACAUUACUGUGAAUACUACUGCUGCUAAUAAUAAUAAUUUUAUUAUUAUUAUAAAUUGCGUCAGACUGCUCGUCAGUUUGCAGUCAUCAGUGGCCACCUAUUAUAAAAACAGCAGCAAUGUGUUACCAACAAACACUAUGGGAUGAUAACUACAUCACAACAACAUUACCACGACAAUUAUCGGAUCCGAUCUCGCCAGUAUUGAGGUGAUUAAAACCAGUAACUUCAGCAACAGGUUCGCUAUCGACAACAGUAACAACAAUAUAUAAUUCUGCAAGCAAUGAGCUGGACUAGCCGGACUAGAAUAGAAGAAAGAAGAACAAAAACAAAAGUUUGAGCUGUCAGCACUCUCUAGUACACUGAAGCACGCAACUUCGCAAUGGCGUUCGCAGCGUCAUGUGGAAUAGAUGAAUGCAGCAAUGAGCAUGGAACGAUCCGUACAAAAUCAUCGGUAGUGAAGCCAAGUACUGCAGCGAAGAUGGAACGGCAGCUGGGUCAAUCAACAGAAGAAAAAAACUUCAAAUUAAGUUUUAAAUGAAUUCACCAACCUACCAAUCUCUACGAAGUAACAUUAACUGCAACAAGAAAGCAAGCAAGUAGCUAGAUCUACUGUAGAUAGGCGUAUGACAUGCACGAGACAUGAUGAUACGACAGAUGAUGCUGUUUAUGGGUGUAGUUAGAAUGACGCGGUCACUUUGAUAAUGGCCCUUAGUGAUGUUCGUUUGGUAACUGUUGGCAAACGAAGUCGAAAUGUGUCUUUAAUUGUGCAUCGAUACGCACCAGUACGUUAUGAAACAGAAACACCUACAACAAAACAGCAACUACAGACGCGAUAAAACUAAGGGAUAAUAACCACCAAGGUACAGAGACACGCAUCAAAAAGCACGAACAUACCAAAAUGAUGACCAGUGAAGUCAAAUCUACUAGGUUUAGUACACCGCCCCUCCGAUAGAUCGAAAAGGACACAGCAGCACACACUCAUAUGUAUACGAUUGACAGCAGCAGCAAGCGAUGACAAAUAAACAAGAAAUCAGUCUUGUACGGGUACUACGACUAAGUGAUUAAUUCUACGAUAUUCCAAUACUAAGUCUAAUAAUAAUAUUGUUGAUGAUUGUGAGGAGAUAAACUGAUUAGUCAAUAACCGAAGUGAAUAAACAGACGAAUAUUUACGGUACUAUCUAUACACACACAAAUACACAUACAUAUGUAUAUAUA